CCAGUGAUUGUGAAUGCAGGUGUGGGUCAGCAGGCAGCCAGCCAAUCAGCAAGCGGCUUGAGUCCCAGGGAGGAAGGUGCAUGGUCCAUGUGGAGGGGAGGAAAGAAGGGAGCAGGGCAGCUGGAGGAGGCUGGAAGAGGCAAUGGGAAACACAGAGGAGAAGUAGGGAAGGUGUCAAGUGAAACAGACCCGAAGAAGAGCAAGGCCAGUACCUGAGCUGUAACCUGGAACUAAGAAGAGGAAAGAGAAGUAGAAGCCAUGGCUCCCAAGCCAAAAGGCAAAGAUGCCAAAGCGCCAGAUGCAAAGGGAGGGAAACCGGAUGCCAAAGAUGCAGGCAAAGAUGCAGGCAAAGAUGAUGGCAAAGGAAAACCUGGAGAGCCAGAAGAAGAAGAAUAUGUAGAUUUUUCACAGUUUAAUCCUUUCACACGUAUUCCUGCAAAGAAAAUUUGGAUUGGUUGUGGGAUCUUUGCAGUCAUCUGGCUUAUCAUCAUGUCCUUAGCAAUCUAUGCCUAUUAUACCAUAAAGGGAAUGGGCAAGCUCCCCAUUGAAGAGCCGUUCAAAAUGUUGAGGCGUACGAUGGCAGUCGGUUUUCGAAAUCCCAAUGUCGCCUAUGAUCACUAUGACAAAGUGGCAGCACAAGUGAAGGACAUCCCAGAUUACGUAAAAACCUCUGAAAAGGAUUACGAGGAUAUGAAAAAAAAAUAUCAAGCCUACUACAAGAAAAAUGCAAGGUCUAUCGAUGGCUGGGAUGUUCAUGAGAGCAAUCUCUACUAUAUUUCCAAAGACCAAAAGUCCUGGUAUGACGCCGAGAACUUCUGCCUGUCCAGAGAUUCCCACUUGGCCUCCAUCCUGACCAGCGAUGAGCAGAACUACAUUGUCUCUCAGUUCAGUGAACCUUUCUGGAUUGGCCUCACAGAUGAAAACAUCGAAGGCGAGUGGGAAUGGUCAGAUGGCUCCAGAGUGAUAAUGGAGGACUGGUCUGUUAGCAAGCAGAACUUCUCAAAGGGUGAUGACUCAAUGGAGAAAGACUGUGUUUUCAUAGAGACUUCAUUUGGUCAACUCGAGUAUUCCUGGAAAGAUGCUGACUGCCAUGAACUGAAAAGAUGGGCUUGCAAGGAGACCAUAACAAUGGACAACCAUAAAUUCGAACAAAUCUACUUUAUGAAGUGAUGCUAGGAACCAAGGCAGAAUGCUCAUUUCAAGUCAUCAAAUAAACCUAGUCUAUGCAAGCAACAGAGAUGAAACAUUGU